ACUAGGUACUUAAUGCAAUUUAUUUGUUAAUUUGCAAUUUAAAAAAAAAUAUAUAUUUAUCAUAUUUAUAGUAAUAAUUGAAGUUGCUAUUCAAAUAUUUUAUUAGCAAUGAGUUUGGCAGGGGUCGCUCGAGGAAUCAUCCUGUUGGGUAGAUGUGCUCCAUGUGUCAAAGAAAAUACUUCCAAAAUUGUUGUAAAAAAGCUUGAACUAGACCAAAAUCUGUUAAUGUAUUUUAAUAAAGAUGAAGUAUUUUAUGCUCAUGAUCCAGAAAAGGUUUGUAAAACAGGUGAUGUAGUUCUUAUACAAGAGCUUGCUGAAAAACUUACUACUUUAAUAACUCACAAAGUACUCAGAGUUGUGUAUCCGUUAGGUGAUAUAACUGAUCCUAUUACAAAUAAAAAAGUAACUGCUACUCGAUAUGGACAGGUUACCUACAGAGAUUUACUGAAUGAAAUAGAUGAACUUUAUGGAAAAACUAAAGAAAGAUUUGAUUAUGAUAAAGCUCUUGAAAGAGGUUGGCAAGAAGAUAAAAAAGAUUUUACCCACAAGGAAAGUUAUAUAAAGUAUCACGAGACAGUGGAAGAACAACCCUAUGCUGUACCUAGAUAAAUAAUUACAAGAAUUGUUCUUUAAAUUGUUUUUUUUUUUUUGUAGAUAUGUAUUUAGUUAUAUUAUUGUACUAAACUGAUUAAUUUAUAUUAUUAAGUUUGCACAAUUAUAAAUAACUAGAUUUAUAUAUUUUUAUUGUAGCAAAAGACCUUGAAUGUUAAGGUUAUUGGCCAAAUUAAACAAUAUUUACAAUAAUUA